CAUUUUCAGCAGCUGUGUACGUCUGUACGUGUUCGCGUGCUGUCCUAGUGUCGUGAUCACUGUACGCCAGACUCAAGGGAAAGCAGGAUGUCCGCGAUUGUCAUUUUCGCUAUUUUUCUUUUGAUAUUCUCAUUAAUCAAGUUUCUAAAUUUGACAAGCCCACCCAGACCGCCCAAAAUUGUAUGUAGCGAUCCGAAGUUCCAAGAAAUAAUAUUAAAAUAUUGCCCACUUCUGCUUGAAACCUUCAGUCCCAUCCGCUUGUGGGGUCGCAGUGGCCAUGUGCAGACCAUCAUCCAUGCAACUGUAGGACGCACCUACUGCCCAAGCAUACAAGCUCGUCGCUUUGCUGCACGGGCGGAAGAUGGAGCAACUGUCACCUGGGAUGUGUAUGAGCCAACAGCAGCUAGUCAGUUUCCAGAGGUUUACACCAUUGCCAUCUGCCCUGGCAUAGCCAACAGCAGCGAGUCUCUAUACGUCCGUUCUCUGGUGUCUCUGGCAUCAUCACAAGGCUUCCGAUGCAUUGUCUUGAACCACAUUGGUGUGCUACCGCAUGUCAAAGUCACCAGCCCCAGAGUCUUUCGAUAUGGUGAAACUGGAGACUUCCGCCUGAUGAUCACUCGUUUCCUGGAAUCAUUCCCUCAGUCCAAGCUGCUGCUUGUAGGCUUCAGUAUGGGUGGUAAUAUUGUAUCAAAGUAUCUUGGUGAAUCCAAGCCUAAGCCUGACAACAUCUUGGGCGGGGUAUCCAUAUGUCAGGGAUAUCAUGCACAGAAGACUUUGAGUGCUCUACUGGGCUGGCAGAACAUGUCUCGUCUCUACUUGUUCUCCAUGACUGAGAAUAUGCGAGGUGUCAUCAUCAGGAACCGAGAGGUGCUGCUAACUGAAGACGUGAAGCGGCGUUACGGCAUCGAUGAAAGGAAGGCGUUGACUGCUGCUACGCUGCCUGAGCUUGACGAGCAGUACACCAGGCGUGUGUUUGGAUUCCGGUCUGUGGAUGAGCUGUACAAGUGCGACAGCUCAUGCAAUUACUUGCACAACAUCAACGUGCCUAUGAUUUUCAUCAACUCGAAGGACGAUCCUUUAGUUCAUCCCUCGCUGCUGAGCAUUCCGGAAAACUUUGUUGGAGGUGGGCACCCCAACACGAUGUACAUAGAGACAGAGCACGGCGGACAUCUCGGCUUCUACGACGGGGGAUACGUCAUCCCUCAGGCGGUCACGUGGCUGGACAAGACCGUCGUGUCCGUGGUGACCGCGCUGGCCAACCUUGACACCUUCUGAAACGAACCGAAGGCUCGUGGGUUUUAGGUCGAUUUACGUUGAGUUACGAGGCAACAGACGAGGCGUUCGUUAUUAAUGACUUUUUGGCACUACUCACGACAUAAGGUUCAAGCACUAGCUUUGUAUGUUAUUGAAGAUUUCACGUUUCUGCAAACUGUUUAAAUUCUGGGGACACUUUGGAGUAAGAAGAGUAAGCGAUUGGGAAUUUCAUUUGAUGCAUGGAUCAAAUUAAAAAGUUCAUGAUAUUUCCCCAUCCAUCAUAAUAUUAUGAGAAACCCCUGGUAUGAAAGUCGUGUUUAGGUAUGAAAGUCGAGUGUCUCAUCAGGUGCCAUCUGCUUCUCGUUCAGACCUUCUGUCGCUCUCUUGAAAGCGGCUUACCGCGAGUCUUCGUGUUAUGUUCACUGGCUAGCAUUGCCAACGCAUCUCUUCUAUUCCUAUGCUUAUUCCGUAACCCUUGCUGCGGUCACUUUAUGUUAGAAAAUAAAAUAUCUAUCGAGCUCUCUCAGCGACUUCUGUCAAUAGCUUCAGGUUUUGAUUUAGUUUCUUACAGUCAAGGCUUUUACCAUCGCAAGCACGUGGCGCACACUUCGUCUUAGCGCGCAAAACCGUCACUAUGUCAAAAAUGAAUAAAUCUAUAACGGCACUGCCAUGAGUAUUGCUACCUUAUGAUCAAAUUGAACGCAUUGUUGUACCUUUUUCUAUUGUUUGUAUCUAUGCUGUGCUCGACUGCUCGGCGCUUUAAAUUUUGCUAAUUUUCCCAUUACCUGCCAUGAUUACACCAAUAAGUUUUAAUUAUGUCUUAUUCCGCUGCGGUUUAUGCUCAGAGAAACGGCUCGAUUUAGCAGAAAGUAGUUGUAAGAAUAGUUUUUGUCUUGAGCAAGUUUUUUUUUGCUAUGACUUGGAAAGUGUACAUGAGCGAUAACUAUUCAUCUGGAGAAGUGAAUAAAUAUUGUUACAAUUCAUGUUGAUCUUAGUUAAGAAUAAAUAUAACGUAUAUAAUAUAUUGUUGUUUCUCGAUUGUUUUUCGUGUCGCGCUUCUCAAUGUUGAGAGAUAUCUAACAGUUCUACUUAAUGGGUCCAUCUAUGCAUUCUAAGUUUUCCAUUUUUAUUCUUAGUUGCUUCGCCAUGUGUUUAUUUUUCUUUCUGAUAUAGAAGCUUUUCUAAUAAUGUUAGGUUGGCCGUGUUAGGAUGAGUUGACCGCUACGUUAGUAAACGCCUAACUGUCUGUGCAGGGAUGUGAAAACUUCUAUAGACGUAUUAGUCUCGAAACUACGCUUUUAUACUACGCGUAUGACGGUUUUGCAUGCCAGAGUGUAUAGUAUAAAUUCAUUUCGUACUUUCUCAACGAAUCUGCCACACGCUGAAGCUAUACGAGAAUAUAUACUGCUGUCAAACUUGCAAAAUCGUUCCGUGAAAAAUCACGUUAAACCUACAGUAAGAAUGAAGCUCGUUCCUGUGACGCACAAUCAUUACAGUAGGCAUCUUGAGUAGACGAGCAUGUAGCUUAAACUGCAAGUCUUGACUGUGAUAUAGUCUUGUGAAACGAGAUGGUAAUGGCGCUAUAAUAUUCGCUGUAAAUAAGCUUUACGUAUGAGCAUCGAGCUUUCGCCUGGCAUUCGCACCUGCGCUCAGGCUGAUUCUGGGCGUUACUAACUCUGUUAAGUUGUUGUAUUCUUCUUGUUUUUAUCUUUUAUAUUUGAUUUAUUAAUGUUGAGAUAACAUAACAACGAACUGACUAUCGUAUUAUACUGCAUUAACAAUAUAAGUCAAGCCCCGUAUCGUCUUUGUAUGCUUAUUUCAUUUUAAUGUGGUUUACAGCUUGUUAUGAUUUGAUUAUCUAUGUUUGAUUUUUAGGUUCCAUUUGUUUUAAAGGUAAUGACACUAUGAUAAUGUAUUGAUUGUUGUCUGAAGCUUUCACUAUCACGCUUACUGAGUGAAAGGAUUGCAUUUGGAUACAGUGCGCUGUAACGCUCUCUAAUCGGUCAGUUAUGUUUAGGAGCCUAUCAACUAAUUUCAUUGAUCAAAUCAUUCUGUUUUUCCCUAAUGGCUGUUCUAUAGGAGUAAUUUAAUUUACUAGUGUUUUUAUUCAGUCAAGUACUUUUUAUUUGACUAAUUUGUAAUUUUUUUGUUAUUCGAAAAUUGUAAUUAGUGAAAAUAUUUGUUGUUAAGUCAUCUUAUGCCAUUGCAUUGCAUUCGUGAGGUGAAUUAGUUCUAUUAUAAAUUUUAUAAUUAGAACGCCCGAGUUGCGAACGUGUGAAUUUUGCCCAUUAUUAUGACAUAACCUGUGUGAGCAAGACUUCAGAGUUCCACACCGUUUAGCGUUAAGAAAGAUUAUGAACUAGCGUUACGGAAUGCACCAAUAUUGUAGUGAAGCUUUCACUAGCAUGCUUAGUGAAGUGUUCGAUUUCACUGGAGAUAGUAUGUUCAUCGCUAUAGACGCUGUUGACCGCUUAGCGCAGGGAUGUCCCUCUACAGUCUACACCAACAGAGCCAGCAAAGUUCUGCAUAGCUAGUCGCCAAGAAUGUCUCAAUCUAUUAAACCUUAUAAUAAUAGAUUUGUCAGAUGGACUUCAUAAUUGCUCUCUUUUGUGUGCUCUGGAUUCGCCGGUCAUCGUUGUUUAGUUCGAUCCUUCAAGUAAUUGAAGUGCCUUUCAGCUCAUAUAUUUCAAAUAUAGCAUUUGUUUGAAAUUUUGAACGCUAAUUUGAUGCAUCUUCUUGUUCGCGUGACAUUAGGUUAUUCGAAGCAAGCUCAGCGUUAAAUUUGCGCCUUGUUUGUAUAGCGUUAAGUAUGACUGAUAGGUUGUUUGACUGUGAUAAUCAAGGACAGGUUCUUCUAAACAUUAUUGUUCUCAAUUUUUUGUACAAUAAACGUACCUAUGAGAACAUUGUAAAUGUAUAUCUGUAAGCCAUUUUUCGGUUUAUUCUAAUGCAAAAUGUUGCUCUGAACGAGUUGAGAGAAAUGUACGGAGUUAAAUAGCAUUUAAUGUGUGCCCCGCAUGGGACGGGAGCUCAUACGUGGUAGACGGUGGCGUUCAAGUGAAUUGCCAUCAACUCUGAUAACGCUCAUAUCUCAUUCGAUAUUUUGCCAUAUGUUCCAGUCUUUUCUAAACUACUUUUUUUUAGUUAUGGCUUACUAAGAACAAAAAUGUAGAGACGUGAAAAUUAAAUAUCUCCUGCCCUCAUUUAUUAACUUGCUCUUCGUGUCGUCGUGACAACGUGUUAUUUUGCCUGAACCGUGUGAUCACUAUUUUGGGGUUUGGCUAUAAAACUUUGGCUUCCAGUUAUUCAAGUAUAUAUCCUUCGAAAUUG